CCGUCAAUUCCUACUACUAUUUACUUCCGCGGUUCCGCCCCCCAAAAUAAACUCCCUCUCACUCCUCUCUCUCUCUCUCCUCGUCUCUCCCUCUAGCGACGACCACAACUCCGGCGACCGUUCAUUUUCCGCUACCGGAAACAAUGUCGGGAGGUAUUGCUCGUGGUCGUCUCACCGAGGAGCGCAAAGCCUGGCGCAGAAAUCACCCUCACGGAUUCGUGGCUAAGCCGGAGACACUCCAGGACGGUUCAGUGAACUUGAUGGUUUGGCACUGCAUUAUUCCCGGCAAGGCCGGGACUGAUUGGGAAGAUGGUUAUUAUCCACUUACAAUGCACUUCAGCGAGGACUACCCAAGCAAACCACCAAAAUGCAAAUUUCCACAGGGUUUCUUCCACCCUAAUGUCUAUCCUUCUGGGACAGUUUGCCUCUCAAUCCUUAAUGAAGAUUAUGGGUGGAGACCAGCCAUUACCGUCAGGCAAAUUCUAGUUGGUAUCCAGGACUUGUUGGAUCAGCCAAAUCCUUCUGACCCAGCUCAAACUGAAGGUUAUCAUCUCUUUAUCCAGGAUGCUGUGGAGUAUAAGAAGAGGGUUCGACAGCAGGCCAAGCUAUACCCGCCUCUUAUCUAAAUACAUUACUCCGUAUUUAACUCCCUUCCGGUCCCUUUAGUUGUGCAUAAUUGUAAUGGGCAUACCAAUUACCAAGUUUCCUUAGCCGUUGAAUUCUCCCUGUCAUAUUUAUAUAGUUGAUGAUGCUUUGUUGUUUGCCGUGGUGAUACACUGAUACAUCUUGAAUUAUAGCUCUGCUUCAUUUGAUUGUAUUUGCCUUUCCCAUUCCAUAAUGAACCAGUAAAUGUACAUUUGUUGGAAACAAUCUGGUUUCUUGCUGGAUUUUGGACAGUUGUCUUAUUUCAUCUAUGCUACUUUAUCUUGUUUCC